GUUGGUUGGAGUCUGGCUAUGGCUUGGGCAAGCAGGGGACAGGACAGCCUGGCUGGUGGAUGUUUCGCGCACAAACCGGGGGCCCUGAUGCUGCUGUCAUGCCGCUACUGACGUCAUGCUGACGAGUCCUGCUGCUGCUGUGCCGUACAGGUAUCCGGCCGGGUGCUGCCGCCGCCCGUGCUGGCGUACGGCAACCCGCAGGCGUACAAGCUCAGUGGCAGCGGGGCGUGGAACCUUAGCAAUGUGCAGUUCGCUGAGCCCCGUCCGCUGGACUCCUGGGCCGUGGUGCCGCUGCUGUCGCAGGCGUCCUGCGACCACGACGGCGAGGGCUCCCUGUGGUCCUUCCUCACCGACCUGUGCCGCGUCAUGAAGGAGUGCGGCAUGAACGUGGUCGACCCAGUGGUCCCCGACAACCCCGAGCAGUCCCCCCCGGUGGUGUGGGCCGCCCCCGCGGGGGGACCGGGGCGGGGGGUGGAGGGUGCCAUGCGUGAGGCGGCGGAGGCGGCGAGGCGGCGGUACGGCAAGCCGGCGAAGCUGCUGCUGGUGGUGCUGCGGGAGAAGUGCACGGAUGAGUACCAGGAGGUGAAGCGCGUGUCGGACAUGGAGCUGGGCAUCCCCUCGCAGGUGGUGGCGGGGAACAAGGCCAAGGUGGGCACCACGGCUCGCGGCGGCGGGGUGCAGUACUGCGCCAACGUGGUGCUCAAGAUCAACAACAAGCUGGGCGGAGUCAACGUGAAGCUGUCGGGGGGGAUCAGAUGCCUCCCGGUCAUUGGCGGCGACCGCGCCCCGCCCUUCAUGGUCCUGGGCGCCGACGUCACGCACCCCACCGGCGCCUCCGCCCCCGCCCGCGGCAGCGAGGGCAGCCUGCGUGACGCCAGCGUGGCGGCGGUGGUGGCCAGUCUGGACGGCAGCCUGGGCCGCUGGGGCAGCCGGGUGCUGCUGCAGGCGGGGCGACAGGAGGUGAUCAGCGACAUGGGCGGUGCGGUGCGGGAGCUCCUACUGGAGUUCUACAAGGCAAACAGGGGGGUGAAGCCGCAGCGGCUGGUGAUGUACCGUGACGGAGUGAGCGAGGGGCAGUUCGAGCAGGUGCUGGCGGAGGAGUACACCGCCAUACGCAAGGCCUGCCUGGACCUCGAGGCCAACUACCGGCCCGCCAUCACAUUCGUGGUGGUGCAGAAGCGCCACAACACGCGGCUCUUCCCGGCGGACCAGGCAGCGGCGGACAAGAACGGCAACGUGGUCCCCGGCACGGUGGUGGACCGCGGCAUCACCUCCCCGGACGCAUUCGACUUCUACCUGAACAGUCACGCGGGGCUGCAGGGCACUAACAAGCCCGCCCACUACCACAUCCUGGUGGACGAGAUCGGUUUCGGAGCCGAUGGCAUCCAGCUGCUGACCUACUGGAUGUGCUACCUGUAUCAGCGCACCACCCGGUCUGUCAGCUACUGCCCGCCCGCCUACUACGCGGACCGUGCGGCGUUCCGAGGCCGCACGCUGCUGGCCGCGGCCACCUCCUCCUCCGACAGCGCCUCCGAGACCGGCUCGCUGCAGGCGGGGGCGGCAGGCGGGCGGCCGCAGCAGUUCGCGGGCAUCCACCGCGACCUGGGCAACCUGCUCUACUUC